AUGGGCCGAUCAGAAGACAACAUCUCCUUCCGGAAGACACCUCCUACAAUGCACGUUGCAGCGGCCCAGCAUGGCAGUUCCACACUGCCAGCGGGGUACUCUUUGCGUCAGAACUUUUCACCUUUGCUAGAAUCCGGCCAGCUGAGUGCAUACAGCUCUGCAGGAGCCGGCCAGCCUGCUCAAAUUCCAGGUGGUGUUCCAAAUGGAGAAUCUUUUAUUGAAUAUCCUGCACAAUGGGACACAGCAUCUAGGCCAUUCAACGACACUACUCCAGUAUUUGUUGCGCCAUUUUACGGAAGUCAUGACAUUGCUCAGAGCUAUGAAAGCAAUGUCACACAUAUCUUACAGCAGCGGUAUGAGGUUUCUCCUACUGGCACCGGCGAUGGUUCAAGUGCAAGCAGCUCUGCAAGAGACCAAUACAGAUUGGAUGUUGGUCGGCCUGCUCGAGGCCCAGGCGAUAUUUCGAACAUAAAUUUUGCGAUUGCAAAUCCUGUGCCGUCGCGACAGGGCAUAGCAUUUCAGCCGUCCAGCGACACUCCAGUGAUCGUUGUGCCGCCAUAUGGAGGCAAUCCCAUUGCUCAGAGCUACGGAGGCGACGCUAGACAUUUCUCACAAUUGCAUGUCGCAGAAUCAUCCAGCUCCACAGGUCCAGCUUAUCUUGGUUGGAACAUUUUCCUUGAUAACCUAGCACCCCCGUACCCUCCCUCGCCGUCACCAUCGUCGAUUUCAUCCUCCAGAACAGACACACCUCAUCCCAGCACACAGCACCCAAGUCCCUCUGCUGACCAUACUCCCCAAGCUCCGUCACUUCAUGAGCAACAUGCUCAUCAGCCAAGCGCCCUUCAGGUUUUCAAGGUCGGUGACUAUUUAAUAGAUGGUGAUGACCUUGCAGACCAGAGUACCGAUCACGGGAGCAUAAUCAUUGGCGAAUGUCUUCGCACGGACUCACCGUGCCGCCUUUGGGUGAAAGUCAACAAAGGUUCACUCAAGCGUCACGCGCAGAAAUGGCAUGGUGUUACUCGUGGAGAUGAGACCAGCAAGGUCCCAUGCACCUGGGAUGGGUGUAACAUCCAGAUGCAAAAGAGCGCUGUGGCACGGCAUACUCUGCGCCGACACUUCGGCGAGACAUUCCGGUGCAACGGGUGCUCGAGACUUUUCUCUCGAGAUUACUCUUGGAGAUCUCAUGCUAAAAUGUGUAAGUCUGGAGGUAAUGGAUACCGUGUGAUGUACGGCCGUAGCACCCGUAUCGUCAAUGUGACAGGCGUGUCUCUGAGGCAGGUUGGCCAAUAA